AUGAGUGUCACCACAGCAUCAAGAAUGCGAUAUAGGCUUAGAAGAAGACAAGCACCUCCUCCACCACUAUCUCUUGCACCAGAAGAGGACGAGAGUGACGAUAGUGACGAUAGUGACGAUAGUGAUGACAGUGAGGAUGGAAUUGAGAGUGAUAGUGAUGACAGCGACGAUGAGAGCUCCAUGGAGCUUCUGUCGCCGACAUCUACCGUCCCACCGGAAGCCGCGUCACUAAUAUCAACAACAUUGCGCCAGAGCACAUUAUCCAGAAGCUGUUCGACAAAUACGAGCGGGACGUGCCAAGCUGGAACAGUUCUCAUCACUUUGCCUGACUCGACAAUCACGGCCAUAGUAACUGGUACAGAGUCAACAGCACUCUUUGUCCGUCCAGUCGAGGAGAUAACGGCUACGCCUACCCCAUCGCGAGGAGAAUUAGGCGCGGAGAGGACUGCGUCAACAAACAGUCAGAGCAGACCGAGUCAAACAGCAGCUCCUGAUACCGAGCCGAUGGGCAACAUGGGGGCAUCGCAGGCAUUUUCUCCUGCUUUAAUUGGAUCGCUAGUCGCAACUGGGCUUAUUGGUGUCGUCACCGUCAGCCUGAUCUUACUAAAACGAAGAAAUAGAGUCCGCAUCAGCCCGCCGUCUCAAGACUUCCCCGAUAGUACACCACCACCAGUAACGCAGGUGGAUACAGGAAUACCUCCCGGACGGGAUGCUGAGAACCCCUUCCGGGAUCCCCCCACAGCACCAGCCCGGACAUAUUUUAUGUGAUAGGCUAAUGCGCUAGUGAAGAUUGGCAAUAAUGGGUCGAAUAGGAGAAGAUCCUGCGCACUUUAAUCUCUGCUGGCCCGAUGGGUCUAAACUCGGAUACCCUGCUAGAUCAGGGUAUUGGUGGAUCAUUUUAUACAUAGACUUCCCUCUCUAAAAUCAAUUCAGCGUGGAUACAUAUUCUUGGCCAGCAGCAGAAUAAAGCUGUCUGAGGUUCACACUGAAUAUGUGGCCACCGAAAGACCGGAACUUUCCACGUUCUAUAGGAGCAUUGAAUGAAUUUGGCGACUCACUAAUGAUUUCUUUAUGGUUCUUGGGAUAUGUACAUAUUUAU